AUGUAUUAUCAUUGGAAUUUGAAUUCACCAAAUCAAACCUUAUCGAUAAUUUCAAAACUUCAAGAAACCAUUAAUUCAAAACCAUCAAAGGAAGAGAGAAGUUCAAGUAUAAAUCUUGGUGAUGAUCUUUUAAAAUCGUUUGGAAAUAAAGAAAAGAUUCGACUUGAGAAUUUAAAAACAAAUGUGUAUUUUGGUGUAGAUGUGUUUGGUCGAGGUUGUAUGUAUGGAGGAGGAUUUUCAAGUUGGAAAGCUAUUGAAUUAAUUCAAAAUCAAUAUGAUUUUAGUAUUGCACUUUUUGCACCAGGUUGGACAUGGGAAUCACAUCAUUUAGAUCCGAUUCGAUUAAAAUCAAAAGAUUGGUGGAAAUCUUGGUGGGAAGAAGAAAGGUUUCAAUGGGUUGGAAUUUCAGAUCUGAAAGCUAAACAACUUGAGAAUAGUUUUGUAGAUGGUUGUAGGAUUUCGAAAGAAGCUAAAGAAAAGGUUUUACCUCAGAGAGGUACUAGUGAUAGUGAAUUUCCUCAACAUUUACCGAUUUCUAGAUUCUUUAAUCCUUGGAAAAGGUUACCUAAGCUUGAUCUUCCAGAUUGGUUUUAUACAAAUUAUUCUUUAGGAAGUGGAGGGAAUGGGUUUUGGAUUGAAGGAUCGAAUUCUUUGGGAAAUCAAAACACUUGGACUGAUAUGUCAUUUUGUUUUCCUAAGAAUGAUCUUUCUAUUAAUGAAGCAAGUAGAAGAGAGAAUGGAAACCAACCAUUUGUGAAACGGUUAGGAAGUUUAGUUUGGUGCGAGAAUGUAGAAGAUGUAGGUUGGUUUGGAAGUGGUUCGAUUAAGAUUGAAGAUCAAGAUGUUGAAGAAGAUCAGUUUAAGGGAUCGGUUGGGUUGGUUUGGAUGAAUACUUUACCGGUGAUGAUUAAUGGGGGUGUCGAAUGUCGAAUGGUAUGGAAAUCAAAUGAAAUUGAAAGUCAAGAAAAUGGAUCACUUGGGAUUGUUUUGGAUCUUGAUUUGAUGGAGAAGAAUGAUGAGAAAUCGGAUAAGAAGAUUGGAUUUGAAUGUUAUGAAUGUUUGAUUGAAUUGAUUGGUUUAGGAAUCGAUUUAGUGAAAGUGAAAGAUAUUAAAGUUGAAAAGUUAAAGAAUGGAUGGAAUGAAACGAGUUGUAAAUUAAUUGGUAAUCAAUCAGAUUUAAUGUAUAUCAAAAGGUUUGGGAUUAUGGUUCAAUCUGGGAAGAGAUUUCAACAUCAUUUAGGUGAAGUAGCUGUUUGGCCGAUUUCUAAUUCCAGAAGAAAAGAAGAAGAAGAAAUAAUUGAAGUGGAAUUUGAUCAAGUUCAUCAAGUCUUAAAAUGGAUUCAUGAACCUAGAUCUGAUUUGAUUGUUAUUCAAUAUUUGGUUUAUUUGGUUUACGAAAGUUUGAAUGAAAUUCAACAUGAAAUCUUUUUGGGUAGCGUUAGGGAUGGGUUUUUGAAUGUCAACAGACAUGAAGAUCAAGGAAUGAAAAGAUUAUAUGAAUUUGAACUUGGGGAUUAUUUGAUACAAAGUAUGAUUGAUCAACAUCAACAUCAACAUCAGAAGAAGAAAUGGGUAGUUUUGAAAAGAGUAGAGAUUGAUGGAAGUUUAAAGGUUAUUAAGAUGAUUGAAAUUUAA